CCCUUUGCUUAUGCCCUUUCUUGUCGGACGCAUCUUCCAUUCAGCAGCCUCACGUCUCGCAGCAUCGUCGUCAUCAAUCCCUGUUCGCCGCCUCGUUUCCUGCUCUGCGCCUCACUGCCACCACGCGCCGUCGCCACAUCCAGCCAUGAGCAACACUCCUCCGCCACUGAACCACCAGACAAGCACCUUUGAGCCUGCCACGGUCUCCGACAACGCUCCUGCUGCCGUCAAGAAGCGCCAAGAUUACUUGCCGUGGGCAGACUAUUUUAUGGCCGUCGCGUUCCUGUCCGCCCAGCGCUCAAAGGACCCCUCGUCCCAAGUCGGAGCGUGCAUCGUCAACCAAGAGAACAAGAUUGUCGGCAUUGGCUACAACGGGAUGCCGAAUGGCUGCAACGACGACCUGCUCCCAUGGGCACGCACGGCAGAGAGCCCGCUGGACACCAAAUACAUGUACGUGUGCCACGCAGAGCUCAACGCCGUGCUGAACAAGAAUGCGAGCGACGUCAAGGGCUGCACGAUUUACGUGGCGCUCUUCCCGUGCAACGAGUGCGCCAAGAUUAUCAUCCAGUCGGGCAUCAAGGAGGUCAUCUACAAGUCAGACAAGUACCACGAUCGCCCCGAAUUUGUGGUGUCCCGGCGCUUGUUCGACAUGGCAGGAAUCAAGUACAGACAACACAUCCCCAAGAUGAAACAAAUCACCAUUGAUUUCGGCUCUAUUGAAUGAGGUUUUUGAUGGGGAAAAAUGGCGUUGGCAAAAAACGACAAUGGAUGUAAUAUGGUACAAAGAUUCCCAAGACAAAACAAGCACAUGGCUGAAACAAAACCCAAAAAGCACAAUGACAAACAAAACACAAAAGAAC